AUUCUAUACCGGUCUCAACAUCUCAACUUCAGAAGCUGGCGAGGAACUGGACGCUCAAGCUAGUCUUUAUGAGUCUGCAAGUGAAGCAGAGAAGAGGCUGACAUUAAGUUGAAGGGAAAACUGACAGCAACAAAAAGAUGGCUGUUAAGUAUCACAAGUGUCUGGGACUAAUCAUUCUCUGUUCAUUUCUCACAGGCACCAGUAGAUCAGAAGUGACUCACAUAUUCAGCACUGUUGGUGAAAAUGUCCGUUUGCCCUGUAAUGCUCUUUCUGACUGCACAUCAACUUCAUGGAACUAUGACAGGCUAACAUAUUUAGAGACUGUUGAUCUGAUUGUCAAUGGGAAAAUUAAGUAUAACAGAGAGAAACAUGAGAGACUGAGUCUGGGCCCUGACUGCUCUCUGAACAUCAAGACAGUCACUAAAGACGAUUAUGGAAUUUACAUCUGCCAACAAUAUGGACAUAUGGAUAGACAAGUUUUUCUGCAUGUCCUCCUUGUCUCUUCAUCAUCUUCACAGUCUGAGAUCAGUCCUGGCAGCUCUGUGACUCUGUCCUGCCAGUUAUAUUCAUAUGAUCGAGUCUCUUGUGAUGUUUUGGUCCGUGAUGAGGGAGUUGAGCUGAUCUGGGUGAAUGAGGCCGGUGUGAAUCUUCAGACAGACCCCAGAUAUAAGAUAUCACCAUCAGGACACUGUAACAGCUCUCUGACUACAACACUCCUGAGAGAAGAUCUCAACAGAGAGUGGAGAUGUCAGGUUACUGGGAAGAUAGUAGCUACAUUUACUGCUGAAUAUACAACUUCUUCUACAGCCAGGAUAAAGACACUGACUCCAUUGACCACCUCAACGACAAUUGUACAGACACCAACAACUCCUACACAACCAGCCUCUUCCCCGAUGGUGGUGAUUUUGGUUAUAUUCACUGUGUUAGCUGUUCUCCUUCCUGCCGUUAUGCUUUGGGUGGUUUAUACAAAAAAAGCAGAUACCAAGGGGAUUAUUGAUUCUGAUUUGCUGACAUAUGUGACGUAUUCUGGGAUUCCAGCAGAAAGCAUGUCAAAGACAAUAAUAUAAUGGAAACUGGCUAAUGAUGAGAAGAGAAUCAAGCAAAAGGUUGCUUAACCAAUAAGUUGGUUGUGAUUAAGAGACUUCAUUGCAAAUGAAUUGGUUGACAACAAUUUAAUGGUAAAUGUUUCUACUUCACAGUUUGAAUAAAACAUUUUGGUGA